AGCCACUUGUCUUGCAAAACAAGACAGUUGUCUUACAAACCUGAAUCAUUCCAAACGUAUAUUUAAAUUUUUUUUCUAUCCAAAGUUUUAUUCGAAAUACUCUUCUUUUUUUUUUUCUUUAAAAUAAUUAUAUUAUUUAAUUUAUUUAUCAAAUAAUAAUAACAAUAAAAUGUUAUUUUUUUUAAAGCAAUUAAUAAACAAUGUGACAAUAAAUUUAAAUUGUUCCUUAAUUGGAUAUUUGCUGGCAAUAGCAGCUAUAAUUAUAUCAUAUUAUUGUUGUAAUAAUAUUUUUAAUUACUGGUUCAAUCGUGCGAAAUUAUUGAAAUUUGCUUUAACACUUCCUGGACCACCAACACUGCCAUUUAUUGGUAACGCACUUGAAUUUGCCGUUAGCGCAGAGGAUACUCUAGAUAAAGUUGUUGAUCUUGUGCGAACAAAUGAAUCGACAUUUAGAUUUUGGCUUGGACCAAAACUCAUUGUUGUUUUGAGUGAUCCACGAGACUACGAGAUAAUUUUAGCAAGUUCAAAAGCAUCAUACAAAGAUCCAGUUUAUGAUUUACUAGGACCAGUUAUUGGCAAAGGACUUGUCAGUGGUUCAGGACCAACUCAUCGCAUUCAUAGAAAAAUAAUAAUGCCAAUGGUCAAUAGCAAAGCCUUAUCAAUAUAUCUAAAAUGUUUUAAUAUCCACACUCGCUAUUGUAAUGAAUUAUUAAAAUUAAAAAUUAAUUCAAAUGAUGAAUUUGAUAUACUUCCAUUUAUGACAAAUUGCACAAGUGACAUGAUGCUAGAAUGUAUUAUUGGAGUACAAGGCACUGCACAAAAAGGAGGCUAUAAACAAUUUGUUCAUUAUUCAGAUAGAAUUUAUGAACUUUUACAUAUGAGAAUGAUGAAGGUUUGGCUACAUCCAGAUUUUAUAUUUAAACGUACUAAAAUGGGUGAAGAACAAGAACAAGCAUUGAAUAUUGUUCAUGGAUUAAUUGACAAUGUUAUUUGUAGAAAAAAAAAAGAAUACAUGGCUAUUGAACGUGGUGUUAUUGAUAGAAAUGAAUUAAAAGUAUCACUGCUGGAUCAAUUGAUAGAUCAUGCUAUGAAAAAUAAAUCCAUGGAUGAUCUUGAGCUGAGAUAUGAAAUUUAUACAGUUUACAUUGCAGCUCAAGAUACAGUUGCUGUUAUAGCAUCAUUUGCGCUGUUGAUGCUUGCAAUCCAUCAAAAUAUACAAGAUAAACUUAGAAAAGAAAUUUAUGAUAUUUUGGGUGAUGAUGAUGAUGAUGAUAUUGAUGAGAUUCAUAUACAAAAAUUUAAAUAUCUUGAUAUGAUUAUUCGUGAAACAAUUAGAAUGUAUCCAAUCGCUCCUUUGAUGGUACGAAAAACAACUGGAGAAAUUAAAUUAGAGACUUGUACGUUACCAGAAAAUUGCUCCAUCGUGAUGGCUGCAUACAUGACCCAUCGUGAUAAAAAUCACUGGAUUGAACCAGAUAAAUUUAAUCCAGAUAGAUUUCUAUCAAAUUUCGUAAAAGAACGACAUCCAUAUUCAUUUGUUGGCUUUUCUGGUGGCUUGAGAGGUUGCAUAGGACAAAAAUUAGCUAUAAUGUCACUUAAAACAAUAAUUGCAAAUGUCAUACGCAAAUAUAAAUUAAAUACAUCACAAAAGCUAGAUGAUUUAAAAUUAAAAAUGGACAUUUCAAUACGAUCACGUUGUGGAUAUAAAAUUAAUAUUAAAGAAAUUAAUUAAUUUUUUUAACAAAUAAAUUAUUAAUAUAUAAUAUAUUUAUAAAAUU